AUGCCGUCUAUUCUUCUUAGACUCGACGACGAGGGCUCGCCUAUCAGCAAUGAUGCCGUUAAAAACGGUGUUCUUAUUUUCCCAAGUUACGCUCCGAACGACAGCUCCGGAAAGGACCCUUUGUUCCACUUGGUGGUCCAACUCAACGCCGCUGCUCCGGUGACCAGAAAGGGUACAUUUUUCAUCAAUGUUCCUAAGGAAGGUAAAGAGUUCAAGAGGGACUCUUUCCAAGAGAUCCCAUUGUCCAGCUCCUUCACGAAGGACACUACCUUCAAGGUGCCUAUCUACAACCCUGGUCCUUACUCCUUUUACAUUGAGUAUGAGGACGAGAACGAAAAGGCUUCCAAAACAAAGGAAACGUACUUUGUGGUCCCACCAAAUCUCGUCGUCAACGGAAAGUACGUUCCGUUCAAUGCCAUCAACAUCCAGACUGUCGUGUCCAAAUGGGCUGGCCCCCUAGACAACUGGGACAAGUUAUUUGGCUACAUUUCCGAGAAGGGCUACGAUAUGAUCCAUUUUACUCCUUUGCAAGAGCGUGGAUCUCUGAAUUCGCCCUACUCCAUUCGUGACCAAUUGCGGUUUGAUCCUGAUCUCUUCUCCGACACGAAGCAUGCAAUUCUGUUCAUUCAUGAAACAACUGAGAACCACAACUUGUUAUCAUUGACAGAUGUUGUCUGGAACCACACCUCUGAUGACUCCCCCUGGCUCAGGGAGCACCCGGACGCAGGUUACAACGCCAUUUCUGCUCCUCACUUGAAAGCCGCCAUUGAGUUGGAUAGGGCGCUUUUGGAUUACUCUGACAAAUUGCAGGAGCUUGGAUUGCCCACAGACUUGAAGGGCGAGGAUGACCUCAAAAAGGUCGUUGAUGGAGUUCAGGAGCAUGUUUUGGACAAGCUUGCCUUGUGGCAAUACUACGUUUUUGACAAGAAAACCACACUCGAGGAGUUGAAAAAGGUAUACGACGCCAAUAAGCUUGACCCAGCUGAUAUUCCAGGCGACGUUAACGUAUCUGACAUCAAACUGUUGGCCUCAUACGUCCUCAAGAACGCCACCCUGAACGGAGAGGCGAUUUUGAACGACAGAUACCUGAAUAAACUUGAAGCAGACAAGUUUUUGGGUAUACUUCUUGCCGUCACCUCCAAUGAUUUUACCCAGAUCGAAAGCAAAGCAUCUCACAUCUUGGAUGAGAUAAACGCACCAUUGUACGCUGCUUUUGACGAUGACACUCGCUCAAUAAAAUUGCAAAUCAUUGAUAGAGCCAGAUAUCUUAGAUUGGCAGACAACGGCCCCAAAUUGGGCCCUAUUACAAAAGAAAGUAAAUUCACUGAGGCGUACUUUACGAGAUUUGAGGGCAAGGACGGUAAAGACUACGCUUUGGCCAACAAUGGAUGGAUUUGGGGUGGUAACCCACUUGUUGACUUUGCUUCCUCCGAAUCCAAAGCCUAUCUUCGCAGAGAGGUGAUUGUCUGGAGUGACUGCGUUAAGCUCAGAUUUGGCAAGGGGCCCGAGGAUUCUCCACAUCUUUGGGACAGAAUGAUUGAGUACACCAAAAAUAGUGCUAAGGCCUUCAGCGGUUUCAGACUUGACAACUGUCAUUCGACUCCAUUGCAUGUCGGCGAAGCCUUGUUGGAUGCCGCAAGAUCAGUCAACCCUAAUCUCUACGUCGUCGCAGAGCUCUUUACUGGUUCCGAAGAGAUGGACAAGAUUUUUGUUGAAAGAUUGGGCAUAAACUCAUUGAUCAGAGAGGCAAUGCAAGCCUGGAGUGUUGCAGAAUUGUCUAGACUCGUUCAUAAGCAUGGCGGUAGACCAAUUGGGUCUCUUACAUGGAUGCCUUUGGACGAAUUCGCAUACCCUUGUGACAAAGAGCCCACCGUGGACAAAUUUUCAGAGGGACACUCAGAAUUAGAGAUUCCUCGGGUUCUUACCAAUCAAGCACCUCAUGCAUUGUUUAUGGAUUGCACACAUGACAACCAAAUGCCCGCUCAGGUCAGAACGGUUGAAGAUACUUUGCCAACAGCAGCUUUGGUGGCUUUCUGUUCAAGUGCUAUUGGAACCACCUUUGGAUUCGAUGAAACGUACCCUGCUUUGCUCGAUGUGGUAAACGAGACAAGACAGUAUGCUUAUGACCAAAAGAAUGGUAUCGCAGAAGCCAGAAGAAAGUUGAACGAUGUGAGGGAUGCUUUGGCUAAGGAGAGUAAGGAUGCUGCCAACGAUCAUGAAAUGUACAUUCAUCACGAAAAUCAGUACAUUACUAUUCAAAGAUACAACACUGUUACAGGAGAAGGCUGGUUUUUGAUUGCCAGAACAAAGUUCUCUGCGGGCCAGGACGAGCAGAUUCUUUCACCUGUUGUAUUGAAGGGGACUGAAGUAAAACGUGAGUUCAGUUACACUUUGAAGAAGGUUGGUGAAUUCUCCCAAGACGACAAGUACCUCAGCUCCAUUCCAACUAAGCUCGAAGAUGUAAGCUUACCAGAAAUCGAACACAAUGGUAAUGAGGCAAUCAUCAGAGUUGAUGGCAAUUUCGUACCAGGAAGUAUUGCUGUGUUCUCCACCAAAAUUCCAAACGUCGAUGCUUCUUUGGAUGAAUAUGUCAGAAAGGGUGCUGUCGAGGCUUCUUUGGGUUUGGACUUGUACGACUUGAACACAAUUUUGUACAGAUGCGAGCCUGAAGAGAGAGAUGCCAGUGGAGGCUCUGAUAGUGUUUACACUGUUCCUAACUUUGGUCCGUUGGUGUACGCUGGCUUGCAAGGGUGGGUUUCUGUUCUUAAGAACAUUGUGUGGACGAAUGACCUCGCUCAUCCACUUUGCAACCACUUGAGAGAGGGCUUCUGGGCCGGAGAUUACAUUGUGAACAGACUCGAGAAGUAUAGCAAGGAUUCCAAAAACUUGCAUAAAUUCUAUGACUGGCUCAAGUCUCGUAUUGAUGCUAUCAGAGAAGUCCCAUACUUCUUGAAACCUCACUAUUUUGCACUCGUUGUUGGUGUUGCGUAUGAAGCCGCCAGAUUUAGAGUUUUGAGACAGCUUGAUGACAACAUCAAGAAUGCCACAAACUUUGUACAGAGCUUAGCUCUUACAAGUGUCCAAAUGUGUGGUUACAUGAACAACACAUCGUUGCUUCCAGAUAAGAACAUUCCAUGUAUUGCUGCUGGUCUUCCUCAUUUCAGUAACGAUUAUAUGAGAUGUUGGGGAAGAGAUGUGUUCAUCUCAUAUCGUGGCUUGUUGAUAGUGCCUGGCAGAUUUGAAGACGCUAAAGAGCACAUUCUUGGGUUUGCAAAGACUUUAAAACAUGGCCUUAUUCCAAACUUGUUGGACGCCGGCAGAAAUCCUCGUUACAAUGCUAGAGACGCCGCUUGGUUCUUUGCACAAGCCGUCCAAGAGUAUGUCACGCAUGCUCCCGAUGGGGAGAAGAUUCUCGACGAAAAGGUUUCGAGAAGAUUCCCUCUCGACGACACCUACAUCAAGUGGGAGGACGAAAAAGCCUUUAGCUACGAAACCUCCAUCAGAGACAUUCUCUACGAAAUUUUGGCCCGUCAUGCUAAGGGAAUCAAAUACCGUGAAGCCAACGCUGGCCCCAACCUUGACAGUCAGAUGAAGGACGAAGGUUUUGACGUCGAAGUACAUGUUGACUGGGAGACUGGUCUCGUUCACGGAGGCUCGCAAUGGAACUGUGGUACUUGGAUGGACAAGAUGGGUGAAAGUGAGAAGGCUGGAAAUAAGGGAUACCCCGGUACUCCAAGAGACGGUGCGGCUGUUGAGUUGCAGGGCCUUUUGAAGAGUACUUUGAGAUUCGUAAAUGGCUUGAGGAAGGAAGGAAAAUUCAAGUAUUCUGAAGUGGAGAAGCCUGAUGGCAGCAAGAUUCUGUUGGAAGAUUGGGAAAGCCUUCUCCAGGACAACUUCGAGAAGUGCUUCUUCGUUCCAGAGGACUCCUCAGAAGAUGGAAACUACAAGAUCAAUCCAGGUGUGGUCAACCGCAGAGGCAUUUACAAGGAUCUUUACCAGGCAGGAAAGGAGUUCGAAGACUACCAGUUGAGAGCCAACUUCCCAAUUGCCAUGUGUGUCGCGCCUGAGUUGUUCACCCCAGAAAAAGCUCUUGCAGCCAUCGAUAACGCGGAUCGCAUCAUCAGAGGCCCAGUAGGAAUGAGGACCUUGGAUCCAUCAGACUGGAACUACCGCCCCGACUACAACAACCUGGAAGACAGCGAUGAUUUUGCUACAUCAAAGGGAAGAAACUAUCACCAGGGCCCAGAGUGGGUGUGGUUAUUUGGUUACUUCAUCAGAGCGUUUUUGUACUUCCACCAUCAAGCUGAGGGAAGCGGGUCGCACAAGCCGUCAGUGGAGCUUUUGACGGAAGUCAAUAAGCGACUCGCGGGCCACAAAAAAUGGAUUCGCGAGAGCCCAUGGGCAGGUAUCACCGAGCUCACCAACAAGGACGGUGCCUUGUGUCAUGACUCGAGUCCUACUCAGGCUUGGAGUACUUCAUGUCUCUUAGACUUGUACUACGAUCUUUGGAACGACUCCAAAUACGCCUAG